UUGGAGGAACAAGAAUAUUACCAGGUAGCAAGAGACAACUCAAACAAAAAAGAAGGGAACAUGACGAACUGGUGUGUCAGAGAUCUCUUAGGACAGUUCGGUUCAUACUAAAACAUAUUCAAUUAAAAAAUAAUCUACGUAGUGACUGCUAUCGUACUAGUUUUAAUUAACAAAGCCGCUGCUCCUCCCAUUUAUCAAUAAUUGAAAAACGCGUGGGGCCUCCAUUACAUUUAUUCAGUGAAGCCUUCUUCCAAUCCAACACCAUACCCAGUUUCUCUUUGUUUGACAAAUUGUAUUUGUAUUUGUUUGUCUCUUGUUCAUUUCUCUGUGUCCUUUUCUUUUUCUCUCUGUUAUUUCGAAAACUGAAUGGUACAGAGAAAAAUCCCAUGUCAAACAACAACUCACCUCAAAUAAACUAUGAUGUUUUUGUUAGCUUCAGGGGUGAAGAUAUCCGCGAUGGGUUCCUUAGCCAUUUGACUGAGGCUUUUGAUGUGAAGAAAAUAAAUGCCUUCGUAGAUGAUAAGCUUGAGAAGGGGGAAGAACUAUGGCCAUCACUCGUCGAAGCAAUUGAAGGAUCAUCCAUUUCUUUGAUCAUAUUCUCACCAGACUAUGCUUCUUCUCCUUGGUGUUUGAAAGAACUUGUGAGCAUACUUCAAUGCAAAGAGAAAUAUGAGCAAACUGUCAUACCUGUUUUCUACCAUGUAAAACCUACAGAUGUACGACAUCAAUCAUCUGAUGGUUACAGAAAAGCAUUCGCUGACCAUGAGAGAAAACAUAACAAUGAGGUUCAACUCUGGAGAGAUGUCUUCGAAAAGUCUGCUUAUUUAUCUGGACUUGAGUCAUCAAAAUUUCGAAAUGAUGCUGACCUGCUAAAAGCAAUAGUGGAUCUUGUGCUGAGGAGGUUUGCGAAAUCCCUGGUUAACUCAAAAGGGCUUGUUGGAAUUGAUAAAAGAAUUGCAGAUGUAGAAUCAUUGAUACACAGAGAGUCAGAGAAAACCAGUCUAAUUGGACUUUGGGGUAUGGGUGGUAUUGGCAAGACAACCCUUGCAGAAGAAGUAUAUAACAAACUACGGUCUAAAUAUGGAGGUUGUUAUUUUUUGGUCAAUGUAAGAGAACAGUUAAGCAGACACGGAAAAGAUUGUUUGAGGAAUGAAAUUUUUUCUGCGCUGUUGUUAAGAGAUGUGAAAAUUGACACGCCAAAUUCACUGCCAGAAUAUAUUGUUAGGAGAAUUCACCGAAUGAAGGUUCUCAUUGUUCUUGAUGAUGUGAAUGAUUCAGAUCACAUAGGAGAUCUUUUAGGAGCUCUUGACAAUUUUGGAUCAGGCAGUAUCAUAAUUGUAACAACCAGAGAUGAGCAAGUGCUUAAAGCUAAUAAAGCUGAUGAGAUAUACCAUCUUAGAGAAUUCACUUCGGAUGAAGCUCUUGAACUUUUCAAUCUGAAUGCCUUUAACCAAAGUGUUCAUCAAAGGCAGUACGAUAAACUCUCAAAAAGGAUUGUUCAUUAUGCCAAAGGCCUUCCACUAAUUCUGAAUGUUUUGGCUCAUCGACUACAUGGAAAGAAUGAGGAUGUAUGGGAAAGUGAGCUAGACAAGCUUAAAAAAGUGCUUCCUACAAAAGUUUAUGAUGUUAUAAAGCUGAGUUAUGAUGAUUUAGAUCGCAAAGAGAAACAGAUUUUUCUUGAUCUUGCAUGUUUUCUUUGCAUAUCAUCUGUGAAGAUAACCACUGGCUAUCUAAAAUAUUUACUGAAAGAUGGUGAAAGAGAUAAUUCAGUGGUUGUUGCACUAGAAAGGCUUAAAGACAAAGCUCUUAUAACAUUUUCCAAAGAUAAUGUUGUAAGUAUGCAUGACAGUAUAAAAGAAAUGGCUUGGGAGAUUGUUCGACAAGAGUCUCCUGAAGACCCUGGAAACCGCAGCCGGUUGUGGGAUCCUGAUGACAUUUAUGAAGCUUUUAAAAAUGAUAAGGUUAGUGAAGCCAUCAGAAGCAUACAAAUUAACUUGUUAACACUGAAGGGGAAAAAGUUAGCGCCUCACAUUCCUAAGAUGAGCAGACUAAGGUUCGUGGAAAUACAUGGGGAAGAAGAUGACCAUGCUUACUACGGUAAAUUUCGUGCUGAAGAGCAAGGGCUUCAAUUUUCGGCAACUGAAAUUAGAUUUCUUUUUUGGAAAUGUUACGCUCUAAAAUCCUUGCCAGACAUAUUUUCUUUUGAAAAGAUUGUGAUAUUGAAAUUGGAAUUGGGUAGAACGGAAAAACUUUGGGAUGGAGUGCAGAAUCUGGUGAAUUUAAAAGAACUUGACCUCACAGGCUCACGUAGCUUGAAAGAGCUGCCAGAUUUAUCAAAAGCCAAAUAUAUUGAAGUACUGUGCCUCGGGAGUUGUUCCGGAUUAACCAGGUUACCUUCAUCCUUCGCCAACCAUACACAAUUGCUAUAUCUAGACAUAAGCCAUUGCCCGGAAAUUCUAACAAUACCAGAGCUUCCUCUUUCCCUAGAAACUCUAUAUGCUGGAAGCUGCAUAUCGUUAAAGACUGUAUUCUUCCAUUCUACGGUAGUUGAACAAUCAAAGAAAAACAGAAAGCAGGUUUCGUUCGACAAUUGCAUGAACUUGGAUGAACCUUCUCUAGAGGCUAUUUGGUUGAAUGCACGAAUCAACGUUAUGAAAUUUGCAUACCAACACCUAUCUGCGGCAAAGCAAGAUGAUUUUCAAAAUUACAACGAUUAUGACAAGAAUUAUGAUUCUUAUCAAGCCUUUUACGGGUAUCCAGGAAGCAGUGUUCCAGAAUGGUUGGAGUACAAGUCAAGAAAAUAUUCUGUAAUUAUAGAUCUCUCUUCUGCUCCACCUUCCCCUGUAUAUGGCUUCAUUUUGUGCUUCGUACUCCUUGGAGAACUUGAUAAGCUUAAAGUUAACAUCGUUAUAAGUGAUUGUGAGGGUAAAGGUGUAAUGGACAGAGUUAGAGUGAAACUAAAUUGUAAGUUUAGGAAUACUUUUGUGAAUAAGUGGAGCUCUUUUGAAUCGCAGAAAGUGGUUGUGAUGUACGACCAAAAAUGUUCCAACUUCCUAAACAACAUAGCUAAGAGUCUCACAAGGUUUAAAAUCAUGGUUAGAACGGCGACUAAAGACGAUGGCAGCUUUUAUAGUAAGAGGAUUAUGGUUGGAUUAAGUGGAUUCGGGGUGAGCAUAAUAAGAACAUCGACAUAUAGCAGUUACAUGCAACAAAUGGAAUUGUGUGACUCAAUGUACCACUUACGUUGAACAACUGCAAUCAGUUGUAUUUCAUUCUUCCCAAUCUCAGUUUCCAUUUUCUGUUAUCAGCUGAAAACUCCAACUAAUGAAGGCUGUGUACCUUCCCCUGCUUGUCAGACUGCAGAGACCAUUGGCUAUAUCUUGCAGGUGCAAGUGCAAGUCCAGAGAAUACACGAAGUCAAUUUUACUUUUUUUUUUGUAUAAUUUUGUUAAAAGUAUAUUGAGACUUGUGCAUGUAUGUUGUGUUAGUAAUGGUUGUAGUUACUUAUCUGUUACAACUAAAUAUUCAUGUUAAUUGCAUUUUUA